AGAGGCAGAGAAAAACAUAGCUACACUUUGAACACAAAAACACAGAAUAAAACAGGGGAAAACAGGGGCGACCUGACCUUAGAGAACGCAAAAGCAAUGGCAAGAAUAUCUAACAUGUUUUUUCUUGUAGCAAUAUUAGUUGCAGCUCUUCUUAAGAGCUCGGCAGCUCAGACAACCCAUGUCGUCGGAGACACGUUGGGCUGGACCGUGCCUGCAUCCGGUGCCUCAGCUUACACAACAUGGGCAGCAAACAAGACUUUCAACAUUGGAGACAUUCUUGUGUUUAAUUUCGCAAUUGGGGCGCACGAUGCGGCGGAGGUGAGAAAGGCUGAAUUCGAUGCUUGCAACCCUGCAAAUCCAAUUUCUCUGCUAACAACGAGUCCAGCAAAUGUUACAAUUAAUAGCAGUGGAGAACACUAUUUCAUUUGCACAUUCACAGGCCAUUGUAGUGGUGGUCAAAAAUUAGCUAUCAAUGUUAGUUCUUCUUCUGGUCCUUCCCCUGCGCCACAACCUGCAGUUCCUUCUCCAGCACCACAAACAAGCCCUCCUACAACAACACCAACCCCUGCUCCUGCACCUCAAUCUACCAGUCCUACACCAACCACUGCUCCCGCACCUCAAUCUAGCAGUCCUACACCAACCUCUGCUCCCGCACCUCAACCUAGCAGUCCCACACCAACUUCUGCCCCAUCACCGUCUCCUCCGUCCCCCUCUGCCCCUUCAGCCCCAUCUCCAGCGACACCUCCUAGCCCACCUGGAAACUCCGGAACUUCUCUUGGUGUCACAUGCCUUACCUUAGUGUCCAUUGUCCUGGCUAUUUUGUACUAGACGUAUGAUUUGAGCUUUAUAUAGAUUGAAGAGUGUGAUUCAUUUUUGUACUGAAUAAAUCUGUGUUUAUUUUUCUUGUAUUAAAUUGGGCUUGCAUUAGUUUAUCAAAUUGUCAAGAUUUCACUAUCA